GGAGGCAUCCUUUUUGUAGCUGAGAAUGAUACCAUCACCACUACCAUCAUCAUUACUAAAAUUUUAGCCAUGACAAAACGGAACCUACUGCUUCCAGAUGGAGUUCCCUCAGAAAGGCAAUGGGCUCGCUUCUAUAUUAAGAUUUAUCGGGCAGAGGGGCUUCCACGCAUGAACACUAGCAUCAUGGCCAAUGUGAAGAAAGCUCUCAUUGGGGAAAACAAAGACCUGGUGGAUCCUUACGCCCAGGUGUUUUUUGCUGGACAGAAGGGGAAAACUUCUGUCCAGAAGAGCAGCUAUGAACCUGUUUGGAAUGAGCAGAUAGUUUUCACAGAGAUGUUUCCCCCUCUCUGCAAAAGAAUCAAGGUCCAGAUCCGAGAUUCUGACAAGGUCAAUGAUGUGGCUAUUGGAACCCAUUUCAUCGAUCUGAGGAAGAUCUCCAAUGAAGGAGACAAAGGUUUCUUGCCCACAUUCGGCCCUGCAUGGGUAAACAUGUAUGGGUCCACCCGCAACUAUACCCUGAUGGAUGAGCACCAGGACUUGAAUGAAGGCCUGGGUGAAGGGGUCUCCUUCCGAGCCCGUUUGCUUCUUGGUCUAGCAGUAGAGAUCUUGGAUACCAGCAACCCUGACAUCACCAGUUCCACAGACGUUCAAGCUGAAUUAGCAACUCCUGUCACUGAUAGCUGCACAGGCAAGAUGGAGGAGUUUUUCCUCUUUGGAUCCUUCCUGGAGGCUACCAUGAUUGACAGGAAGAAUGGAGACAAACCAAUCAAUUUUGAGGUCACAAUAGGCAAUUAUGGCAAUGAAAUUGAUGGCAUGUCCAGGCCCACCAUCAAGAAGAAGAAAGAUGGUGGGGAUGGCAAUGAGGAGGAAUCUGAGCUGCUACAGAAUGACAGUGAUGAGGAGGUCAAUAUUGAUGGGGAAUUUUUCUCAAUCUCUACUUCUCCAGCCAUGAAACCAUUGAUUACUGACAGGAACUAUUUUCAUUUACCGUAUUUUGACAAGAAACCUUGUAUUUAUAUCAAGAGUUGGUGGCAGGACCAGAGACGACGUUUGUACAAUUCAAAUAUCAUUGACAAGAUUGCAGACAAGCUGGAAGAAGGCCUCAAUGAUGUGCAUGAGAUGAUCAAAACUGAAAAACCACACCCAGAGCGCCGUCUCCGAGGAGUGCUGGAAGAACUGAGCAGUGGAUGUCUGAGAUUUGUGUCUCUCUCCAACAAAGAUCAAAACCACUCCUCCCGGACGCGUCUGGACCGGGAAAGGCUGAAAUCCUGCAUGCGGGAACUGGAAACGAUGGGCCAGCAAGCUAAGACCAUGAGAUCUCAGGUUAAGAAGACCACUAUCAGGGACAAGUUGAAGCAAUCCCAAAACUUCCUACAAAAGCUGCGGUUCCUUGCAGAUGAGCCUCAGCACAGCAUUCCUGAGAUCUUCAUUUGGAUGAUGAGCAAUGGCAAGCGCAUCGCCUAUGCCCGCAUCCCCUCCAAGGAUAUCCUGUACUCCAUUGUGGAUGAGGAAACAGGCAAAGACUGUGGAAAAGUGAAGACGGUUUUCCUCAAGUUACCUGGGAAAAGGGGAUUUGGGCCAGCCGGCUGGACUGUACAAGCCAAAAUGGAAAUUUAUUUGUGGCUAGGACUCAACAAACAGAGGAAGGAUUUCCUCAGUGGCCUACCCUGUGGCUUUGAGGAGAAGAAACUUCCUGCGGGACAAGGUCUCCCAACUUUCCCACCCAUCAGCCUCCUCUAUACCAAGAAACAAGUCUUCCAGCUCCGAGCCCAUAUGUACCAGGCCAGGAGUUUGUUCGCUGCAGAUAGCAGUGGCCUUUCUGAUCCUUUUGCCCGGGUUUUCUUUAUCACUCAAGGUCAAUGCACUGAGGUCUUGAAUGAAACACUUUGUCCUACCUGGGACCAACUGCUGGUGUUUGACAAUGUUGAGCUAUAUGGGGAAGCACAUGAGAUGCGGGAUGACCCUCCCAUUAUUGUCAUUGAAAUCUAUGAUCAGGAUACAGUGGGGAAGGCUGACUUCAUGGGACGAACAUUUGCCAAACCUGUGGUAAAGAUGUCAGAUGAGGAAUAUUGCCCUCCACGUUUCCCGCCUCAGUUGGAAUAUUACCAGAUCUAUCGGGGUAACUCAACUGCUGGAGAUCUACUGGCUGCCUUUGAACUCCUUCAGAUUGGACCAGCUGGGAAAUCAGACCUGCCUCCCAUCGAUGGACCCACAGAUAUGGACCGGGGUCCUAUCUUGCCUGUCCCUCUGGGGAUUCGCCCUGUUCUGAGCAAAUACCGAGUAGAGAUUUUGUUCUGGGGAUUGAGAGACCUGAAGCGAGUGAACUUGGCCCAGGUGGAUAGACCUCGAGUGGACAUUGAAUGUGCUGGAAGAGGGGUCCAGUCAUCUCUCAUCCAGAACUAUAAGAAAAAUCCCAAUUUCAGCACUUUGGUCAAAUGGUUUGAAGUGGAUCUGCCUGAAAACGAACUCCUGCAUCCACCCCUCAAUAUUCGUGUAGUGGAUUGCCGUGCCUUUGGGCGUUACACCCUUGUGGGGAGCCAUGCUGUCAAUUCUUUACGGAAGUUCAUCUAUAGACCUCCAGAUAAGAAGUCUCAGCACUGGAGCACUGCAGCUAAACUUAUGAACGCCUAUGUGAUUCUUGCAAAUGGGGGGCCCUACUCUCACCCCACAGGUGAAAUUGUGGUUAACAUGGAGCCAGAGAUUCCCAUCAAGAAGAUGGAGACCAUGGUGAAGUUGGAAGCGAAUUCUGAUGCUGUUGUGAAGGUGGACGUGACAGAAGAAGAGAAGGAGAAAAAGAAGAAGAAGAAGAAAGGAAAUGCAGAAGAAGCUGAGGAUGAGGAGCCUGAUGAGAGCAUGCUGGACUGGUGGUCCAAGUAUUUUGCUUCCAUUGAAACUAUGAAGGAACUACUUCAGCAGCAAGAGGCAGCUGCAGCAGAAGCUGAAGAGAAAGAAGAGAUGGACACAACUGAGGGCUCAAAAGCCCAAGGAAAGACCAAAGACAAAGUCAAAUUAUCCAAAGAGGACAAAAAGAAAAAACAGCAGCAGCAGCAGCAGCAGCAGCCAGAUGCCUUUGAAAAGAAGAACAAGCAGAAGAUUGAUGAGACGAAGGUAUAUCCCAAAGAACUGGAGACAGAAUUUGAUAAUUUUGAGGACUGGCUGCAUACUUUCAACCUCCUUCGUGGGAAGAUUGGAGAUGAUGAUGACAAUUCUGCAGAUGAGGAUCGCAUUGUGGGAAGAUUCAAGGGGUCCCUGUGUGUUUAUAAAGUGCCUCUUCCUGAUGAUAUCACCAAGGAGGCUGGAUAUGACCCUACUUUUGGCAUGUUCCAAGGAAUUCCAAGCAAUGAUCCCAUCAAUGUGUUGGUCCGGGUCUACAUUGUGAGG